CUUUUUCAUCUUGAACAACACGACAUAUUUCGGAUUGUUUAUUUUGUGGAACCAUUGGAGGUGUUUGGGACAUCUGUGGACAUUCAUUAGAGAAGGAUUUGCGUUGUUGGUUGUUUGGAAGAGGGAGAGACAUCGUCAUCACGACUUUGCGGGGAAAAGUUUCAUAUUUUCUUCUCCGACCUUGUGCUACCCCAGCUUCCAAUCGAGGUCACACUCGAGUAAGACAUUGAGACGCAAUGGUUCCACCAUCUCAGAAUCUCAAUCUAGAUAUCACAGCCAUCAGCGGUAUUUGCGGAUCCAUUUCUAUUGCUUGUUGGGUCGUCGUUUUCUCUCCUCAAAUUGUUGAGAAUUUCCGGAGGGGCUCUGCAGAUGGACUGUCAUUACAAUUCAUCAUUGUCUGGCUUGCUGGCGAUGUUUUCAAUAUUCUUGGCGCCGUGCUCCAAGGAGUUCUUCCGACCAUGAUUAUUUUAGCCGUAUACUACACAAUUGCUGAUAUAGUAUUGCUAUGUCAAUGUUUCUACUACCGUGGAUUCACAUGGCACGACGAGGUCAUCCCACCCAAACCUGCUCAACAGUCAUCCAACGUCGGCGAAGCCAACGAACGGACUGGCCUCCUCUCACCAAGUAUCGAACGGGAACGUCGUGACUCCGCGAUCUCAGCAAGCCACCUUUCUCCAGCCAUGCCUCUUUUGGAUGCACCGAGAGCCUCCGAUCCUCCCGCAAUUGCAAACCAAAAGCCCACUACCCGUCUUCAAGCCACGCUUUUUAACCUCGUUGCUGUCCUGAUGGUUUGUGCAGCUGGUAUUCUAGGGUGGUACGUCAGCAACCGCUCUCAAGGUGGACAGCAUCAUUCCAAGGACCCUUCCUCGAGCGAUGAUGUCCUCUCUUUUAAUCUGUGGGGUCAAAUCUUUGGAUACUUCUGCGCCGUGCUCUACCUCGGAUCUCGCAUCCCUCAACUUCUUCUGAACUACAGACGUAAGAGUACAGAAGGCAUAAGCCUUCUGUUCUUUUUGUUUGCAGUGCUUGGGAAUUUAACUUAUGUUUUGAGUAUCUUUGCUUAUGAGCCUCAUUGUCAUGGUAAGCAUGGAAAGUGCCACCCUGGAGAGGCAUCAGGUAUCUAUGGUAGAUAUAUUGCUGUUAAUGCUUCUUGGCUGGCUGGUAGUCUGGGUACUUUGUUCUUGGAUGCUGCCAUUUUCGUGCAGUUCUUCUUGUACAGAGAAGAGGGAGAAGUUGAGGAAGAGAGUGCUAUCGAGAAUGGUCAUGCGGCUUCCAAUGGGAAUGGAAGAGAUCAGCGGCCCUUGCUCGAGAGAGGAGAUUCAGGAUAUCAGUGAAGAAGGAUAUUAGCGCGAAGUUUGGCUAUGUAUGUAUAGAAGGUGAGUUGAACAUAUUGCAUCUUGGAGUCUGGUUGGGAAAAUGGAGAGGAAAAUUUUGGCAUUUCAUGGUAACUAUUCAUAGCUGGUGGUGCAGUGCUCUCAGCUCUAAUAGCAUAUGGUUGAACUAUAUCGAAUUCUGCCUUUCAGGAGCAGCC